AUGGCAGCCUUACUCAGAAAAGCACUAAAGAAGAAAAUAUUUCAUCCAAAUGGAGAUCGUUUAUUUGCUGUGAUUGAAGUAAUGACAUCUACACGGGAAGACGAAAGGUAUUACCUUUGCAGUUCAGUAACAAAUUGCAAGGAGGUGCAAAUCACUUUUGUGAAAAACUUAGCUUCGAGUCAAGAUGAACAAUUUGAGAAAAUCAAUACAUGGUUCCUCAAAGAUCUUAAGCUUGUGGAUGGAAAAGAAGCAGACCAAGAUAAUCCACACUUUGAUAUGCAUUUUGAUAAAGUUUACGGCUGGGAAACUUCCAGCACAGCCUCCAAAUAUACCUUUGUCCGAUGUUUGCAGGAGCUUAAUCACCACUACCUGGGAAAGAAGAUCUUAUAA